AGAGACGAGUCAGAGGGGAGUGGGGAGGAGACUGCAGAGAAAAUAGACCUAAAGAUUUUACCAGGAAGGGAGAGACAGUAAAGGUCUGUGAACCAGAGAGAGAGAUCUGGAGUGUCCUGCACAUCUUUAACCUCACUGCAAAUACACCGAUACAGUCUGCAUUGUGAAUAUGGCUGAGGAAGAGAUUGUCCCAGUUUAUGCCACUGGAAUUUCGGCGCAGUUGCAGAAGCAGCGGGAACAGGAACUGGGUAUAGGAAAACAUGAAAAUGCAGUGAAGUUUCUGGGUCAGGAUUUUACUCGGAUCCAGCAAGAAUGUUUACAGAAUGGGACUCUUUUCACGGAUGAUACCUUCCCAGCCACAGUUCACUCACUAGGAUUUAAGGACCUGGGUCCAAAUUCAUCGAAAACCCGUGGUGUUAAAUGGGUCCGGCCCUCGCAAGUUGUAUCAAAUCCACAGUUUAUCGUAGACGGUGCUACAAGAACAGACAUCUGUCAGGGUGCUCUGGGUGAUUGUUGGCUUCUUGCGGCGAUUGCCUCUCUGACAUUGAAUGAUACUAUACUACACCGUGUAGUACCCCAUGGCCAGAGCUUCCAGGAGAACUAUGCAGGAGUCUUCCAUUUUCAGCUGUGGCAGUAUGGUGAGUGGGUGGAUGUUGUCAUUGACGACCUGCUGCCGGUUAAAGAUGGGAAACUCGUCUUCGUGCACUCUGCAUCUGGAAAUGAGUUCUGGAGUGCAUUGCUAGAGAAGGCUUAUGCUAAAGCUAAUGGCAGCUAUGAAGCACUUUCUGGAGGUAGCACAUCUGAAGGCUUUGAAGACUUCACAGGUGGAGUCACUGAGUGGUAUGAGCUGAAAAAGGCUCCUGCAGACCUGUUUACCAUCAUCACCAAGGCUCUGGAGAGGGGAUCACUAAUGGGUUGCUCCAUUGAUAUCACUAGUGCCACUGAUAUGGAAGCUGUAACCUUCAAGAAGCUGGUGAAAGGCCAUGCCUAUUCUGUGACUGGAGUCAAGGAGGUCAACUACAGAGGCCAAAGCACAAAGCUGAUUCGGAUGAGAAAUCCAUGGGGUGAAGUAGAGUGGACAGGUUCUUGGAGUGACAGUUCAUCAGAGUGGAAUAAUGUGGAUCCAUCAGAAAAGGACCUGAGAAUUAAUAUGGAGGAUGGUGAAUUCUGGAUGUCUUUUCAGGAUUUCCUACGUGAAUAUUCUCGUCUUGAGAUCUGUAAUCUCACCCCGGAUGCUCUCAAAGCCCGCAGAUUCCGAAAAUGGAGCACAACCCUAUACAAUGGUUCUUGGAGGAAAGGAAGCACUGCUGGGGGCUGCCGAAACUACCCUGCCACGUUUUGGGUCAACCCACAGUUUAAGAUAAAGCUUGACGAAGAGGAUGAUGAUGACGACUAUGGUUCUGAAAAAGGCUGCACAUUCCUCCUGGCUCUUAUGCAGAAGAACCGGCGUAAGGAGAAACGUUUUGGGAAAGAUAUGGAAACCAUUGGCUUUGCUGUCUAUGAGGUUCCUCCACAGUAUAAAGGACAGCCGGCCGUACACUUGAACCGUGAUUUCUUCCUUUCAAACUCAUCCCGUGCUCGCUCUGAACAGUUCAUUAACUUAAGAGAGGUCAGCACCCGACACAAGCUUCCACCUGGGGAAUACAUUGUCGUACCUUCCACCUUUGAACCAAAUGUUGAAAGUGACUUUGUUUUGAGAUUCUUCUCUGAAAAUAAACACGGAGCAGUGGAAAUGGAUGAUGAAAUAAAGGCUGACCUUCCCACUGAGGAACAAUUAUCUGAAGAUCAGAUUGAUGAUGCAUUUAAAAAUCUUUUCAAACAGCUUGCUGGGGCGGAUAUGGAAAUUAGUGUUACAGAAUUGCAGUCAAUAUUAAACAGGAUCAUAUCAAAACAUAAAGACCUCCGUACAAAAGGAUUUAGUUUGGAAUCUUGCCGUAGUAUGGUGAAUCUAAUGGAUAAAGAUGGUAAUGGAAAAUUAGGACUGACAGAGUUCAAUGUCCUGUGGAAUAAAAUCAAGAGUUAUCUGACCAUCUUCAGACAGUUUGACAUGGACAAGUCCGGAAGUAUGAGUGCUUAUGAGAUGCGUAUGGCGGUUGAGUUUGCAGGAUUCAAGCUGAAUAAUGGACUGCAUCAGCUCCUCGUCACCAGAUAUGCAGAGCCUGAUUUGGCCAUAGAUUUUGAUAACUUCACAUGCUGUCUAAUCAGGCUGGAGACCAUGUUCAGAUUUUUCCAGAAAAUGGAUUCAGACAAGGAUGGAGUCAUUAACUUCAACCUGUUUACAUGGCUUCAGAUGACAAUGUUUGCAUAGUGAAACCUUCUCUGUGCAUGGGCUGGAUCCUCCAAUACUCCUAUAACCAAUUGCAAGUGCCUUCCGCUCCCUGCCGCUGUGCCAAAGCAAUAUGUUGUGGAUAUCUCUCUCUGGUGUAUACUCUUGUGUGGUCUCGCUCUUACAUCUUUAUUUUUCCAUUGGCCCAUAAACCAUUUAAUCCUCAGUCCUUCGCCAUGGCUCCUCAUCCCAUCAAAAGACUCUUCUAUCCCAUCAAGUCAUAGUAAAUGUGUUCCACUACUUGAUCAGAGAGAUAUCUAUGCAGCAUGGCUCCUAUAUCCAUUAUACGCUAAAGUAUUUAUGGGUAUAUUGUUGUGCCUGUUUGGGUCAUGCUUGCAACUGGAUGCCUAUAGUUACAUUAUUCUGUUUUUUUAAUACCUUUUUUUAGAUGAUAAAAAGAAAAGUAUGUCAGUCUGUACCAAAGAUAGUCAAUGCAAUGUGUAGACACUCCAAAUAAAUGUUGAUAUCACUUA